GUCGGUCAGAUUUAAUCCAUCACCGAUCAAUUCAUAUGACUUCCAACUUAUUCAUUCUUGAUUCAUCUUCGACUUUUUGAACCCCCCAUUUUCAAAUUUGCGCGACUCGACUCGAUCAUUGUCUUUUAUAUUCAUGUAGCUCAUUUUCGUACCGCCCUGUCAAACCAUUGAUGGUCCUCGUACUUGACCAUGGACCGUCCUCGACGAGCAGCGGUGCGGAGCAAUCCGUCCCGAGCGGCCAAGUUAAAGAAGCCAGUCCGUGAGACUCGAUCAACCCGCUCAACCCGCUCAACACAGCCAAAUGUAGCUACUCGAUUUAGGGCGCUCUCACUCUCUCCUUCGUCUGAUGAAUAUAUGGACGGUGAUUAUUCGGAUAGUGCCAGCAUUCCUGCCCCACGUACCUCGACCGCCACGCGAAAGCGAAAGAACAAUCACGACGACCAUCCACAAUCCCCCCAGAAAUCGCAACGUCGGACUCGAGCUCAAACCACCGCUAAAGCAAGCCAGACAAAGACCAUUAGCCCUCGUACACCAAACUCAGUUGCGGCUACACCUUCAGCUUCUAAAAGCACUACUCCUUCCUCCUACCCUCCUUGGACAACCCUCCCGUAUCUUGUUCUGCUGUGCGUUUUCGACAAAGUGGCUGCACCGAUCCGCGAUCCUACGUCGCGACGAGAAGAUGUGUCCGAAGCAGUCAACACCUUGUUGUUAGCUGCACGAACAUGCACUAAAUUCACGGAACCUGCUUUAGCAGCUCUUUACAGAUGCCCUCCGUUCUACCAUCCGUGGCGCUACACCAAGGAUCCCUUCACCUCCAUGAGCCAAUUCAUCACCACGCUGAAUAUGGAUCCUCGCGACACCAUGAUCAAGUACCGACCCAAGAUCGAGACCUUGCUUAUAGAAGUAGGUUCGACUGUAACUCCGAAGCACCAGACAAACUAUCUUCGUCUACAGCACGCGAUCCCAUUCCUUAAAAGUCUAUCUCGUGUGGAGUUAUACCACGGGUCUGAUGAACCGCCCUAUCGCAAACUGGAUGAGAACAUACGGUUUAAGUGUAAUGCAGACGACACACUUAGAAUGCUGGCCGGUAGUAAGCAGCACGAAGUUAUGCCAAGGGAACUGAAGAGUUGGCGUUGGAAUUCUCGCCUCACCGACGAUACCUUAUCUCUCGAAAAGUUGGGGAAAUUCCAUCUACACUCCAGUUUUGCUAGCCUCCAGAAGGUAGCUUUCGUCAAUUAUCAGAUUGCCUCCUGGGGCUUACCGAAGAAAGCUCAAGUCACCGAGGAGAUGGAAAGAAAAAAUCAUCUCAAGAUGGUACAACUUUCUGCCUGCAUUUCUGCUUUGCCAAAUCUGCAACAUCUCGUCCUAGAAUCUAGCACGCUAGUAACCGGCUCACUUCUAAGUCGACUUCCGGCGACACUCGAACAUCUCGAACUCAUCAAUUGUUGGGAGGUAGUGGCUGAUGAUCUUGCCAAUUUCCUACUGACUCAUGGUCAUCAUUUGCGAAGUCUCACCAUCAACCAUUGUCAAUCGUUGAGUCUGGCCUUUCUUCCUGUCCUGCGGUCAGCUUGCCCAAACCUAGAGCGCCUUUACAUGGAUUUAUCCUAUUUCCGACACCAUGAGCACUACGCCGACAACAAGCCGGAGUAUGAUACACUCCUUGCAGAAGAUCAAGUGCCGACAUGGCCCGCUUCGAUACAGUCGAUCGAGAUCCUGCAUAUGCGAAAGUGGGACUUCAAAGCAGCAGAGAUGUUUUUCAGAUCUUUAGUACAGAGCGCCCCAGAUGUCCCCAACCUUCGCAGGAUUGCGUUUAGGGUCGCAUUAGAUAUAGGCUGGCGCCAGCGUCAAGAACUCCGGGAAUUCUGGGUCGAGAAGAUGGUGGGAGUCUUCAAGAGAAAAAUGAAAUCGCCCAAAGACCACAAGACACUCAGCCUACCUCCGACCGAGUCCGAUGUGCAAGAUCUGAAAGAAUUGAGGGGCACCGGUCCGUUACCCACGCCGAAGCGACGAAGCACGCGAAUAGCAAACAUCGCACCAACACCCACUUCGUCAGAGGGUGAAACGAGCUACCUUAGCAAAGCUCAACUUGCGAGAGCCUCAGCUAUCAGCAAAGAACUCCAGCGGCUUAGAGGGAGUGGGCUACUCCUCAAAGAGCGUCUACUUAGGGAAAACGACGCCGAUGAUGAGGAUAGCGAAGAUGAACUCGCCGCUGAUCAUUCCGAUCAGAGUGGAUUGAAUCGCAAAGUCAGAAAGGUAUCGAAGCGUCUGCCAAAUGACGACGAAUAUAUCCAUGGCAUGUGCGACGUGGUGGAUAUCCAAGUUGAUAAUCAUCGGCCUAUGGAACGGCAUUUCGACAUGGAGGAUUUCCUGGACUCUGAGGACGAAUCAGACGAAGAGUGGGACGGUGGAGACGCGGAUGUCUUCGAUUAGAAGCAGGGCUAAUGGGAAUAAUCCUUCCCUAUACAACAAUAACUACGACACGAUUUGCAUGAGAUUGGCAUGGUUGAUUAGGGGGACCCGGAGUUCAAUAAGAGGCUCAGACAUUGCUAGAUUUAAGUCAUCACUGACACAUUGCUCAAGAUAUGGAGUUUGAUUGGCAAGGCAUCCAAUACCCAAGGAAACUGAAUGGGGUGGAAUGGCUGUUUUACGUCGUUGGGUGGAGCAGAUGUCCCAUAGCCUCCAGAAAUUUGCAAAUAAGAAUGAAAACUGCAUAUAUGCGCGUUAUUCUAAAGUUCAUGGAUUGUUGC